AUGGAGUCAGACUUGGACACAAUUACACCGGAUGUUCUUAAUGCUAUUAGCUGCUCUGGUUUGCCCCCACAUCAACUAACUCUAAAAGUAGGUGUGCCAGUCAUGCUAUUGCGCAAUAUUGACCAGUCCAACGGUCUAUGUAACGGGACAAGAUUACAAGUACGGAAACUAGGAAAUCAUGUUGUUGAGUGCAUGACGUUAACAGGAAACAAGGUUGGUCAGGUAGUCAUAAUACCGCGAAUGGAUAUGAUUCCUACCAACCAAGGUCUGCCGUUUAGGUUUCAGAGGAGACAAUUCCCAAUUAUUGUGUCCUUCGCAAUGACGAUUAAUAAGUCACAGGGACAAACUUUGAUCACGGUUGGGUUGUACUUGCCAAGGCCAGUUUUUUCGCACGGCCAGCUGUAUGUUGCAUUAUCAAGAGUAAAGUCAAAGAAUGGACUCAGAGUGUUAAUUCAGAAUAACAAAUGCAAGGUGGCCACUUCGACAAUCAAUGUGUCUACAGGGAAAUAUUUGGAAAUAUCCACUAGACGGUAA